GUAUUUCCGCGAUACAGAGGAUCCGUAGUUAAAGUUUUAACUUAAUAACCGGGAAGUUGGCUCUAGCCCGUGGGGAGGAGUGGUCGAGAUUACGGGAUGUCCGCUGGGUUAUCCGAGCCCAGGGCCGAUUUCAUAAACAGAUGGAGGUCAAAUGACACCGCCAAAACGUUAAUAAAAGCAAAAUCGUGAAAAUAGUCUAAAGACUGGCACCCAGGUGACAUGGCCAAUGUCAGAUAUAUCACGCAGCUUGAAAAGCAUGACAAACAUGGAUGAAGUCUUCUACAAACGUAUGGAGCUCGAUAGAAAGCUGACACAAAGAUAGCAAAUACCCAAAGACAAGAACCUUGGUCAGUAUGUAACAACAGGAUGUGGGGCACCAAGGAGCAUGAUAUUCAUCGGAAAUUUAAGUGGGUGGUGAUGAUGUUAAAUAAUAACUUUUCCUUGCCUCCACGUUGGAGCAGUUGGAUAUAAUCUCAGUUAUAAAGCCUUACCGUGUGGUCUAACAGUGCGAACGCUGUUGUAUAAAAGACGCCCUAGUAGUGUAGAGAAUUGCUGAAGCCCAUCAGACCAAAGGGCACCAGCGGGGAACACCAUCCAGUUUACAGAGCUCGUUAUGCACUAGCAGAUAGACCGACUCAGAAUAACGCAAAGCAAAGAGGAAAGUCAUGUUUGACUGCCGAACAAGUUCCCUUCGACCUCGGCACCCACGUGACGGCAGGUGGGCGUGGCUUGUUUGUUUUGCAUCCUUCAUGUGUGUUGGGAUAUUGUUUGCUGUCGGUCAGAGCUAUGCUGUGUUGUUGCCAGUGCUAGUCGAGUACUUCAACGAGUCCAAGGGCAGAACAGCGCUGGUAGGAUCGAUUGCCUUCUCAUUAACAAACCUCACAGGAGUGGUAUUUGUCAAACUGAGUGACCGCUUUGGUCGGCGGCCGGUUGCCAUGGCAUCGUGGGGUGGCUGCGUGCUAUCGGUGCUUGUGACGUCGUUCGUGACGGAUUUGAACCAAAUGUUCGUUUCUUUCGGGUUGAUGUAUGGGAUGUUUAGCGGUGGCGUGCUAAACACGUGUCUUAUCGUCAUCAGAGAGUACUUCAAAAACCAGUUCUCCAACGCCCAGAGCAUAACUAUGACUGGUGGAGGGGUGAUGCUGUUGGGGAUGGCGCCGUCAGUGGAGGCGCUCGUGGCGUGGAAAGGGUGGCGAGAUACUCUAAGGAUUCUUAGCGGCUUGAUGUUUGUUACUGGAUUACUGCUGUUAACAUACGAACCGAACGUAGAAAACGAUGAAACAGAAGAAAAUCAAGGGAUGAAUGGAAGAGAUGAAGAAACAAGGGGAGAAAAAGAGAAUGAAGGAGUAAUGAAGACGAAGGAUCAGAUUGAAAUAAUGAUAAGUAAUCAUAAAGACGAGGUUAUCUAUGAACAGAUCGACUUUGAAAAGAUAAACUGUGUGACUCAAGAAGAUCGAUUUGGGACAAAAAUGAAUGGUGUGAAAGAAAUGAAUUGUGACAGUAACUUGAGAAUUAAAGACAUGAUCCAUCUUGGCUCCGAAGUGAGAAGCCAAAAUCAAUCAUCAAAAGAAAAUUCACCAAAACAAACAUUAGAUUCCAAUAACCUAACUAAAGAACACGAUGAUCAAUUUCGUCAAAUAAACGGUGGGACGGGUUUGAACCACGAGGUAUCCUUGGAGGUCGGGAAGGAAGAGUUGGCGGUUAAGCCAGGGACUAAAAAGCUUCCAUCUAAGAGAUGUAUUGACUGCUCUGUGUGGCUUGACCCGACAUACUCCCUAAGUACUAUCUGCAUCGUUUUAAUCAAUCUUGGUAUGAUGGUUCCUAUAUUCCACUUGGUAAAGUUUGCACGUGAUCUGGACAUUCCAAGCGCACAGGCUUCCCAAAUGCUUAUCUUCCGAGGAGUAACCGGAGUGAUCGCUCGUCUUAUUGCUGGACAGAUCAUGAACAGGCGCUGGUUAUCUCCCCGGCUGACGCUACAGAUAUUUUCCUUAUUGGCGGGAACGAGUAUCAUUCUGAUGACGCAGUCUCGUGGAUAUGUUCACCUUGCGGUGCUUUCUGCCUUUUAUGGGUGUGGUCAAGGGGGUGCUAUUAUUGCGCAGGUCGUGUUUUGGUUCACAUGCAUGGGAGAUAAAAGCAAGGCGUCCAUGGCCUUCACGUGGGGUCUGACCGUAAACUCCAUCGCCGUGAUGGCAAGCCCCCCACUCGCAGGUCUGAUAGCGGACUCGCUUGGCUCGUAUGUGGUGUCUUUUUAUAUCGCUGGCGGUUUGAUCAUUUCUGCUUCCUUACUACCAUUCCUUCUUGUCCUAAUCGAGCGGCGAAAAGCCAAGCCUCUGAGUGACGUCAUUGAGAAAAGGAUGGUUGUGAUUGGUGGUCGUCUGGCAGAUCCCGUAAGUGGAUCAACAUUAUGCUUAGCGACCUGGCAAUAAGUGUAGAAGGGUUGUAGCAGAAGGGCGCGAAAAGAACUCUCAUAGAAUCAUGGGUAAUGUGGUUAUACAAUAGAAAGCAAAGCAUUAUGGGCAUUAUUAAUAACACUGCGAAUAAAACCCAAAACUUUAUUCGUUAAAAAGCUACAUCAUUUUUUACAUCAUUUUGCAAGUGCAAGUGUUUUGCAUAUUGGUAUUUAUAUCCAUCCUGCAAUAAUGAAUUCCUAUAUAAAUAAGAAAAAUAUAAAUAAAAUUGAUUAUUUAUUAUUAUUAUCCUUUGCUUUAAAAAGUUGUUUACCUUUUUGCCUCGCAUGAUUAUUACACCCAAUAUAUUUCCACUAUUUGCUACAAACUGUCUAAAACAGGUAUAUCCAACGGAAGCAGUUUGCGCGAAAUCACUAGACUCCUUCUGUGAAUAGUCUAACCUCUCGAAUAGUUUCCUAAUUUCUACUAUACAGGCUUAGUAAAAAUGGACACCCC